UCCCGAUAACCAGGGAAAAAAGGAAAGGAAAUUUUUGUUUAUUUUAUGAGCCGAAGAACAAAUUUUACCUGGAAAUGAGCUCAUCCGCAACAGGAACAGCUUCUGCAUUCUCCAGUUCCGACACUGCCGCGUUGGAACGAGAAACGGAGACGGAAAAUCAAGUGGUCAACUAUGAACAAAUCUGGAACGAAAAUCACCGGAAAGUGAGCAGCGAUUGGAUCCGUCAGAAUGGUUAUAAACGAGUGUGCCUGCAAUUCCCGGAUGACUAUCUGCCACACAGUAAUGGAAUCAGUGUGGAUCUGAAGCAGCUACUGGCUCCAGAGGACGUAAAGGUCUUCAUCCUAGCAGAUACCACAUACGGCAGCUGCUGUGUGGACGAGAUUGCAGCUGCCCAUGUGGAAGCCGACAGUGUGAUUCACUUUGGCAAUGCCUGCCGCAGCCGAGUUUUCCGUUUACCGGUUCUUUAUCUUUAUCCGGAGCUGCCCUUAAACGUCGCUAAUCUUCUUGAACAAUUACAAACUUUACGUCCUGCGUGUGGAGAGAAGAAGGUGUGCCUCUAUCUGGACAUUGGAUACCAUUACAUAAAGAGCGACGAUCUCUACAUUAAACUAAAGGAAGCUCUUCAACCCAAAGAGCUAUUGUUGAACGUUUUUCCUGCAACGGAAGAAUCUUCAACCACGUCUAUAGACACUUCCUCUGAGUUCGAGACUAUUAGCAUUUUUGUCGGAGCCGAUAAUCAGCGCUUUGCCAAUCUCUCGCUGACAUCUACAGCUCCACAACAGUGGUACAUUUUCGAAGGUUCGACUGGUUCUCUCAGCACCAAAAAUCCUCUCACGGCCCAAUAUAUUCGCCGGCGAUAUUUUUACAUCGAGAAGUGCAAGGAUGCACAGACUUUGGGCUUGAUUGUGGCCACUCUUACAUCCGAAGGCUACCUUGAUGUGGUAGCCCGUCUGCAAACCAUGGCUAAGAGUAGAGGCAUAAAAACACAACUCAUCUCGGUGGGAAGAAUCAAUCCGGCAAAGCUGGCCAACUUUCUCGAAAUUGAUUGCUUCGUUCUGAUAGGUUGCCCCUUUAACAACAUGUAUGAUUCGAAGGAGUACUAUAAACCUAUCGUAUCCGUUUUUGAAGCCGAGAUGGCAUUGAAUCCAGCUUGGCAUAUGAAGUAUCCGGAAGCUUAUGUCACGGAUUUCAAGCAGCUUUUGCCAGAAGGUCGCAGUUUCCUGGCCUUUGACAAGGAAGCUAUCCCCGAGCAAGAUGUUAGCUUGGUAAGUGGCAAGGUUCGAGGAGCGGUGAACGAAUCCCUUGAAACGGCAGGAGACCCAGCAUCCUUGGCGUUGGCCACCCAAGCCAAAAUGUCGUUGAUGACUACGGACACGGGGCUGACCUUCGAAGACCGCACCUGGCAGGGCUUAGACCCGGCUCUCGGCCAAACCGAGCCUGCCCAGCUACAGCAGGGCCUCAGCGGCAUUCCCAUUAAGUACACACACCAAUAAACG